AUGUCGACCGCAGUUGCGCCCGCGACGGCAGCAUCUCUGUCCUCACCACAUGUCACCCGCGAUCCCAGUCCAAAGAAUUGCCCGACCUUAGCUCCUCCUCCCCCACCGGGCGCGGCGAAUUCCUCCCCAUCACGACUGUCUACCACCUCGCAGGAUGGUCCGCGAAGAGGCACCCCCGAGAACAAAGACCCGGCCUCCCCAUCAGGUAGCGCAGGUCCAAAGAUCACCGUCAAAAAAGAACCGCCCUCGUCGCCGCGCAUGCAGAGUAGCCGCCCUCGCCCUCGCAAGCUCGACCUUUCGACCAGUCUCCCUUCCUCGAGUAGCAACUUGUCGGUUCGACCACCUAAUGGGCCUAUGACUGCCCGUGACGGUGUCACUAUGCAGGAUGUCGGUCUGGCAUGCCUGUCGCCCGGGUUUCAGACCCAUGAUCCUGCAAUGAGAGAGCAGCUCCAACGGAGUCUCUCCGUGCGCGAACAGCAACGGUCAAUUAUCGAAGCACGACUGCAAAGGUCUGCCAAGGAUGAAGGCCCUGAUGGCAUCAGGCCAUCCGCGCACGAGUUUUUGGGUCCCAAGAGCUCUAAGCGACGGCCGCCGGCUGGCCUGUCCAUCGUCCCUCCGUCGGCAUCGCAAUUCGCCAACGAACGGGUGAUUCAAUCCGCCCCGCUCAACCAGACCUUUACUGGUCGGCACCAACCUCAGCCGUUGACUCGCCAUGUUGUGAACCAGAGUCCGACUCUGGGUUCAUCCUCGCACAUGCACCAACUUCCAGCUACACAGACCAACAACCGCCUCCCUCCUCUCUCCGAUGUGUUCGGCUCUGAUGCCCUGGGUCGGGACAGAGAUGUAAACCGCCCAAGCGUCUACUUAAACGCUUCGAGCACCAACUCUUCCCAAUCGAAUUUGGCACCGAUGCCUUCCCCCGGCCUGCCCCCGAACCACCAGUCACAAACUCCCCACCGAUCACGCGAGUAUCGCUCGGCCGAAGAAGCCGUGCAAGAAAUGUCUGGCGGGCGCGAGGAACUCGAAGGCAUGGUUCAUCACCCGCCUCAGGUCCCUAUGAUGCAGUUUGCCGAUACAACCGCACGCCGUCGUCCCCGGAGUGAGUACGAGCAAGACAACGGAAGCCCACCGCUUGGACAUGGCCCAGAGUCUCAGCACCGGCCCAACCCUGCCGCCAACGCUAGCGCAGCAUCCUACGGCCCUUUUGGCGCCGGCAGAGACUCGCCGGAAACUACACGAAGAAAGAAAGAGGAAUUCCUCGGCCUUUGCGCACGGGCUUGGGAUCUCUUCCAUUCGUGA